AUGAAAGUGUACAAAUAAAAAACUUAUUAUAAAUAAAAACUUAUUAGAAUAAUAUUGUUUAAUAAGUUGUAUAAAAGUUGUAUUGUAAAUGUAGUACAAUAGUAAUAAAUAAAGUAUUCUGAUAAAAAAUUUAUUAAGAAUGUCCGCAACUAAAAGAAAACAGUAUUUGUUUGAUAAAGACGUACCACUUAGUAAAUAUGCUUUAAGUGAACUUAAAAAAAUUUUGAAAAGAGAGAAGUUACAAAACAACGAAUUGCUGUCUUGCAGUAGUAGGAAUAUAAGUGACCAAAGUAAUCCUCAUGUUUUAUUGGAUGAAACGGACAAUGAUGUAAUAUCAUUAGCAUUAGACGAGUCUGUAUCGGCUAAUCAAAAUCCUAUCACAUCGGAGCAACAAUUACUGAUUAAUAAUAAUUCUAGUUUUGCCUGGAGUGACUUAUUAAGUGAUGAUGAAGAACUACAACUACCUUCAUGUACAAAGUCAACAUCAAAUAGUAUACGAGAACUUAUAAAUAAUGAGGAAUUCUUCAAUGUGUUGUCGUUGAAUGUGCAAAAAAGCCAAGCUGAAUUAUUACUGAUGUUAUUGAAAUUUUCAAUAGCAAACACCUUAUCAAUGACAGGUAUUUCUAAUUUGUUUAAACUAAUUAAUCUAGUAUGUGGCAGCGCUGUAGUACCUGAAACUCGAUAUAAAAUUGACAAAUUGUUUGAUGAUGACAUUAUUACACUACAUGGGGUAUGUCCUGCAUGUACAAAUUAUAUUGGAACAUUUCAAGAUUUUAAUUAUGUAGUAAAUUGUGCAAAUUGUGACAAACCUGUAAAUAUGUCAAAUCCAUCAAGUCAGUGUUAUUUUGCUAUAUUUGAUCCGUCAAAUGCAAUACAGGAUUAUAUAGAAACUAAUAAAAAUUAUUAUGAUUAUGUUGUAAAAGAAAGAGAGCAUGAAAAAAAUCAUAUAAAAGAUAUAUACGAUGGUGUUCUGUAUAGAAAAUUUGUUCAAAGUUUGAAAGAUUCUGAUCGCCACUCGUAUGCUACAGUAAUAUUUAACACAGACGGAGCACCAGUUUUCGAAUCGUCUACUUAUUCUAUAUGGCCUAUAUAUUUGAUUCUUAAUGAGAUUCCUAUACAGAGCAGAAUGAAAAGUGCGAUCACUGCUGGACUAUGGUUUGGCAAAGAUAAACCAAUAAUGAGCGUUUUCUUGGAUGCAUUCGUAAAUAUGAUAAAUGAUUUAUCAACAGUGGGUGUGGGUAUACCCUGUAUGAUAAAAAAUGAACGACGUAACCUGAAAAUUUUUGCAUUGGUUGCUUCUGUGGAUACUGUAGCUAGAGCACCAAUGAAUGGACCAAGUCAAUUUAAUGCAAGAUAUGGUUGUGAUUGGUGUACACAUAAAGGGCAAUAUUUUCAAGGAAGCAUGCGAUAUCCUUUUCGGAUUCCAUUACCAAAAAAUAGAGAUCAUGAUACUACAAUCAAACAUGCAGCAGAGGCAAUUGAAACAGGUAAACGUGUUUUUGGAAUCGUAACUGCUUCUCCUCUUUUAAAUUUGAAGAAGUUUGAUAUUAUAGAAGGUUUUACGCCUGACUACAUGCACUGCUAUGUAGCAGGUGUUGCAAAACAAUUUACUACAUAUAUAUUGAGACAUUUAAGAAAAGCCGAUAUCCAGUAUAUUAAUCAGUUACUUGAAGCAAUCCGUGCUCCUCACCAAAUAGGUCGAUUAACAAGAUCUCUAAAAAAUAGAAAAUACUGGAAAGCUCGAGAAUAUGAAAACUGGCUUUUGUACUAUAGUAUUCCUGUUUUAAGUGCAGUUUUGGAUAAUGCAAGGAUUUUAAAACACUGGGCUCUUUUAGUAGAUGCUUUACACAUAUGCUUAGGAACAAAUAUUACGUAUACUGAAUUGAAUCGAGCGAAUGAAAUGCUACAUGAAUUUGUAUCGAAAGCCGAAGAUCUGUACUCUUUAACUUCAUUAACAUAUAAUGUACACCAGUUACUUCAUUUGCCUACGAGUGUGUACAAUUGGGGGCCAUUGUAUUCACAUUCGACAUAUCCUUUUGAAUCAGCAAAUUGUAAAUUGCUGCAGGCCAUUCAUUGUGCUAAGGGUGUUAUCUUACAAAUAGCAAGAUAUGACAAAAUUCAAAGAGCAAUACAAAUGUUGUCUAACAGUAUAUAUAAAAUAUCUAGCAUUAAUUAUUUAGGUAAAGGAAAAAGUGCCAAUAACGACACACUUGAGAAAUUUGGUAUAUCAAAAGAUGCACGAGUUUUUCACAAAAUUAUUUAUAAAGGAUGUUUGUUUAUGACUUCAAAAAAAAAAAAUGCUCGAUCAUGCAAUUACUUUGCACAACUUGACACUGGGGAAUACGUAGAAAUAAAAUAUUUCCUAAUCAACGAUAAAAGUAAUCAAGAAUUGACUAUUUGUCAGCUAAUUAAGACAAAGCCUAAUAAGUAUUCAUCAUUUGUACAAGAAGUGUUAGAAUUUUCAAACGAAUUAUGUAUUAAUACAACCAAAAUAUCAGCAACCUGUGUAUUUAUUGAAAUAGAAACUAAAAUGUACAUAAUUGCAGUGCCGAAUCAACUAUUUUAUUAAUAACGAUCAUUAUGUGUUACUUAAUAA